AUGCCGCCUUGCCCGGGCGCCGUCGCCGCUGCUCGGAGGGGCUCUCAGCUGCCGCCCUCUGCCACCAUCCCGCUCAUUUUGUGUCUCUUGACAACUUCGUGGGUCGCCGCAGCCUCUGGGCCCACGUACCUGUUAGCAGCUCCUAAAAUCAUCAGGCCAGGAGCAAAUCUGACUAUUGGAGUAGCACUGCUGAAGGAAAGCCCACCAUAUGUUACAAUAAAAGCAGAAGUGGUCUGCGCAAACAACUCGGUACUACACGGAGAAGCCAGUUUUCAAAGAGAUUCAUUUGAGAUGCUCGUUCUUCCAGCUCUUCCCAUUGGCAGUAGCUCUCUUAAUUGUGAUUUACUAGUCAAAGGGUAUUCAGAAGGCCAACUAUUGUUUUCUAACCUCACUGACCUUUCGUUUGAAGAAAAGAGCUUCUCAGUCUUCAUCCAGACGGACAAGUCUGUAUAUAAACCCGGACAAGAGGUGAAAAUACGGGUGGUAACUCUGUAUCCUGACCUCAAGCCAUACAAUACUCCUGUAAAUGUCUACAUUCGGGAUCCUCGACGCAAUUUGAUUCAGCAGUGGUUGACAGAGAAUGGAAAACUGGGCAAGAUUGCCAAGCAGUUUAAAUUAUCCAAACAUCCUGUCCUGGGUGACUGGUCUAUACAAGUUCAAGUAAAUGAUCAAACACACUAUCAAACGUUUACUGUGAUGGAAUAUGUGUUGCCAAAGUUUGAAGUCUUUUUAACAAUGCCUCUGCAUUAUUCUCCAAAAGAUAAGAAUUUCAAUGGUACUGUCACAGCAAAGUACACAUAUGGAAAGCCAGUGAAAGGAAAAGUAACUAUUACUUUCUUCUCAUUGUACUAUGGAAGGAAGAGAACUAUCACUAAAAUAUUGGAGAUUAGUGGAUCUGUGAACUUUACACUUGACAAUCUAGAGAUGAAGAAUAUAACUAACACAGAUCCGGAUGAGUAUAUGUUUCAGCAAAUGCCUAUAGAAAUUACAGCUGUGGUUACAGAAUCACUUACAGGAAUCUCCCAAAAUACAAGUACUACUGUAUUUCCAAAACAUCAUGACUACUUAUUAGAAUUUUCUGAGUAUCCAAGAGUUCUGAAGCCUUCCCUGAGUUUCUUGGCUACGCUGAAAAUAACAAAACUUGACAACAAGCCACUGACUUCUGACGAACGAAAGAAUGAUGUGCUGAUCACUAUCAAAGCCCCAGGAAGAGCUGCUUACAUGCAUCAUCCUUAUGGAAAUGAAUUUCAGGGAAAUGAGUCAGCUGAGUACCUAACCCACCCUGUUCCAGAGAAUGGGGUGAUUCAGAUUGAGUUUCCAGUUCGGGCAAAUACGACAGCAUUGCAUGUUGAGGCCAAAUUUCUGGGGAGUCAGUCUUCUAUAUCCGUACAUGAUAUAUUCCACUCUGCCAGCAUGACUUAUCUCCUGAUUAAAAAAUCAAGUCAAGAUGUAAAGGUUGGGACACCUUUGGAGCUGAAUGUUCAAAGUAAUAGACCUGUGAAAGAGAUCGGCUAUAUGGUAGUGUCUAAAGAGCAAAUUGUGGCUGCAGGUAAAAAGAAGUCCACAGCAUUCACUUUAACACCAGAACAUUCUUGGGCUCCUAUGGCAUGCAUAAUUGCUUACUAUGUGAACGAUAAUGGCGAAGUAAUAAAUGAUGUUCUAAGUGUUCCUGUUCAGCCUGUCUUUAAAAACCAGAUCAACAUGUAUUGGAAUAAAAAUAGAGCUCAACCUUCUGAGAAUGUCACCCUCAAAAUCAGUGUGACAGAACCCAAAACAACUAUUGGACUUCUAGUUGUUGACAAAAGCACAAAGCUUCUGGGGAAAAGGAGUGAUAUCACAGAAGAUGCAAUUCAUCACGAACUAAAUUUAUAUAAUAAAGAACUAUUUUACAGUGAGCCCAUAAAUUCCUUCGGUGUCUUUCAGAAAUGCAAUCUCUGGGUUUCAACUGAUGCCAGCCUUGCAGAAUAUGAAGAUUAUGAUGAUUUCUGGUACGAGUAUGAAUUUUCUCACCCUUCGGUGGGGACAGCAGUGCCUGCUGAUUUUGGUAGUCCCCAUGUAAGGACAAAUUUUCCAGAGACGUGGAUUUGGCGUGAAAUCACGACGAGAUCUACUCAAGCAACAGUGAAUGUUACUGUUCCUGAUACCAUUACUUCCUGGGUAGCCAGUGCAUUUAUAAUAUCUGAAAAUCUUGGAUUGGGUGUGAUAAAAAUGCCCAUUGAGUUAGAAGUCUUCCAGCCCUUUUUUCUUUCCUUAAACCUUCCUCCUAGUAUUACAAGAGGAGAAGAAUUUAUAUUGGAAGUCAACAUGUUCAAUUAUUUGAAAGAAAGCAUUGAGGUUACAGUGACCCUCGAUACAAGUGACACCUUUGAAAUUCUUAUUAUUUCCAAUGAUAUAAAUGCCAUGGGAAACCAGCGGUCAGUACGGGUGCCAAGUGAAGAUGGGAAGACUGUCAUUUUCCCAAUCAAACCAAAGCAAAUUGGAGAGAUUCCGAUCAGAGUUACAGCAAUAUCACCAGUUGUUUCUGAUGCUAUAUUCCAGCAAGUAUUGGUGAAGGCAGAGGGAUUAGAACAAUUUCAUUCACAGGCACUUCUUUUGGACCUGUCCCAAAAAAGUAACCUAGUGGAAACUUUGGAUUUCACUUUCCCCUCGGAUGCAGUACCUGGCAGUGAAAGAGUCCAAGUCACCGUUAUUGGUGAUAUCCUUGGUCCUUCUAUCAGUGGUAUGGAGUCACUGAUCAAGAUGCCUUAUGGCUGUGGGGAACAGAACAUGAUCAAUUUUGCACCUAACAUCUAUGUCCUGGACUACCUGACUAAAAGGGGCAACCUGCAGUCGAGUCUUAAAUCGAAAGCUGUAUCAUAUAUGAGAGAAGGCUACCAAAGAGAGCUUCUCUAUCAAAGGGAUGAUUACUCUUUCAGUGCUUUUGGAAACAGCGACAAUUCUGGGAGUACGUGGUUAUCAGCUUUUGUAUUAAGAAGUUUCAUUCAAGCUCAACCAUUCAUCGAUAUUGAUCCAUAUAUACUGGAGACAACAGCUUCUUGGAUUGUGCGUCAUCAGAAACCCAGUGGAGAAUUCCAGGAGCCUGGAAGAUUACUAAAUACCGAACUGCAAGGAGGCACUAAUACCCCAGUCUCGCUUACAGCUUAUAUUAUGGCUGCACUAUUAGAGUACAAAACGAAUAAGUAUGAUGAGAAUAUAAGAAGAGCAUUGAACUUUCUGGAAUUUAAAUUAAGUGAAGGCAUAUCAGAUAAUUAUACGCUGGCUCUUAUGACUUAUGCUUUGUCACUGGCAAAAAGUGCAGAAUCAAAGACCGCUCUGGACAUACUAAAUGAGAGAUCAGAACAACAAGGAGAUCUCAGAUUCUGGAUUUCACCAGCUUCUGAACUGUCUGAUUCCUGGCAGCCACGUUCUGUAGAUAUCGAGGCUGCAGGCUACGCUCUCUUGUCUCAUGCUAAACAAGACAGAUUAUUAGAGGGGAUCCCUAUCAUGAAGUGGCUCAGUCAGCAAAGAAACCACCUGGGAGGUUUUUCUUCUACACAGGACACUAUAGUAGCCCUGCAAGCUUUGAGUACCUGUGCAGUACACACUACUGGCAUCGAAACUGAAAUGGAUGUAACUGUCGAUGGAUAUAGCGAACAAAAUCCAUCUGUGUUCAGAAUCAAUAACGAAAACCGCUUUCUUCUCAAGACCAAGGAGAUUGCAGCAUCACAACCCAUGGGAAUUAAAGUUUCCGCAAGUGGCCGUGGUUUUGGAAUCUUCCAGCUCAAUAUUAUGUACAAUGUGAAAAAUUCACAUAUCAGCAGAAGGCGUAGAUCUGCACAAAAUCCAGAAGCCUUUGACUUAGAUGUUGUUGUAAAAGAUGACAAAAGUGAUAUAAAUCAUUUAACACUGAAUGUUUGCACCAGGUAUUUGGGUACUGGCUCAUCUUCAAGGAGUGGAAUGGCUCUCUUAGAGAUUGGAUUACUGAGUGGUUUCUCUCUAUCACCCAGUUUCAUGCCAUUAGAUGAUACGAUUAAGAAGGUGGAGAAAGAUGAAGGCAAAGUCCAUUUAUAUUUAGACUCUUUAAACGAAACACAGGUUUGUGUGGAUAUUCCAGCUGUGAGGGACUUCAAAGUGGCAAAUACACAGGCUGCCUCUGUGACUGUGCUGGAUUAUUAUGAACCUAGGAGAAGAGCAGUGAGAGACUAUAACUCCAAAGUGAUGCAGAGUUUGUCUUCUUGUACCUUCUGUGAAAAAGAUGAAUGUGAUCUUUGUGAAACAGAUGGCUCUUCACUAAUUUCCCUCUCUUGUGAACUGUUACUAGUACAUGUAAGCUUGCUGUAUAGUUGGCUGAUCUAAUCACUGAGCAUCGUACCCAUUUGCACUUCUAAGGGUACCAUUGAUCUCAUCUCACCAUCCUGCAAAGGGGUAAUUUGGGCAACUGAGCCUGGGUGCUAUGAGCAUUUACACUUAAUAAGACUCACAGGUCUAGUAUUCCUGACAAGAACUUGCCUCUCCAAAUAUCUAUCUACAGCUAUCAGGAAGGGCCAAACUUCUCACUUAAGUCUACUGAAAGGAAAGGAAAAUUCCAGGUCAGACCAAUCUCCCCAUUUUUAGUCUCAAUGGUAUCUCCUGCACAUAUUAAAGUUCAGGGAUUAACUGCAAAAUCCUAUACAUCUCUACUCAUAAGUAACUCCCACUGAGUUCAGCGGGGCAUUCUCCUAGGUGAGUGGGUAUGGGCUUGCAGCCUAAAUGUCUGUAUCUAGUAACACAAGGAUCAGAUGCAAAUUCUAAAAUUCUGGCUAUGUCAGAAACUUUAACCAUUUUAAAAAAAAUGUAAGCAUUUCUGAAUUCAUGAGGUCAAGUUUAUUAGGAGGAAAAAUUAAAUGGAGUGUGUAUAUUUGAUUAAAGUUCUUUAUUUGUACAUUAAAAUAAGACAGUGUUUUUUAAAAAAGAAAUAGAAUGUUUUUAGUUUUAGGAAUUAUAUAAAAAAGAUUACCUAAGCCUUACAUUCUAUUUAGUUUGUAGUGCAUUUUAGGCUGACUAAACAUCAGAGGUGCUUAACUAGAAAGUAUUUUUGGAUUAGGUUAACAUUUAGUAUGCUGUCCCUUGCAUCCUCAGUUACGUUGUACAAACCCAAAGGCCACUAUAUGCCACGCUUGUAUACGCAAAAUAACUGAGUAACUAGUCAAACAAAGGAGAUGGCCAUCACUGACACACAAGCAGAUGGCCACAUGUCCUGAAAAAAUGAAAAGUGCCUUAACUUUUUUAAAAAAUGUAUCUAGUUAUGCGUGGGUUUUUUUUAAUGAAACAAACAUCAUUGGGUAUUUUUGCAGGUAACAACAACCCGCUGCUUGGGUUAAUCUCUGGGUUGUUUAGCCCUUAAUCAACCUAGUGGUCUGGGAUUGCACCUCACACUGCACAACCUGUGAAGGAGGCAACCAUGGGUUGUGCUGUAAAGUAGAAUAGGCGGAUGUGCUGCAGGCAGCUUGGCCACAUGUCCCCAAUGAUCCCACGGUUUUUAAAUGGAUUGUCCUUACAUGCAGAUCUGGUCUGUGAAAGUAAGAGGUUUAAGGUUCAAGGCUUCCUUUCUUCAACAGUGACCAAUGUAUGUUUUCAUCCUGAAAAUUGUCAGGUGUUUAGUUUAGAGUAUGAAAUUUAUUAAUGCCCCUACUUCUUACUGGGCAGUAAGACAGACUGCUCAAAUGGCUGGUUCUCAGCUGAGCCCAGUGGGAAGCAUCAGCUUGUCCAUGCAAGCCUGUGAGGAAAAAGCAUUAGGAGCUGUGAGCUAUAGUCUGGCUCAGGCACAGCAUCUGUCUAGAUUAGGCAGAAUGAGAGUUCUGGCCCUAGGAAUGUGAAUACCUCAGUGGUAGUAAAACUCCCAUAGUGUCUAAAACAAAAACUCUCUGCUGUGGUUGGUCAAAGAAGAAUGACUUCUAAAACAAGGGGGGUACUUUUGAAAUAGGAACAAAACAAAUGCCAGGGGACAUGUUAAUAUGGACCCAAAGCAGCCUUCCUUUCACUCCAGACAAGGACAUACAGGAACUCCCAAUGUGAGGUAAAAGUAGUAGUGUUUUCCUCAGUCAGCUCUGUUCAAAAUUGAAAUCUGCCUCCAUCUUCCUAAAAAGGAGGUACAGUAAAAGACAAAUAAAAAGUUGCCUAGAACCUAGUACAUGCUAGAUCUAAAUGAAUAUUUUAAUUCUGCCAGAAUUUCAAUUUUUUCUUUUGGCACAAUGCAAAAUUGAGCUUGAAAUUUGAAUUUACAAUAUAAACAUGGAAUUUAACCUCAGCUCUUAAUUGUUUGUCUUGUUGGCAUUCCUUAUAGUUUACAUUUUGGUUAGCAUCAAAUAUGAAAGAUCAUAAGCUAUCAACAUUAUAAUAUUGCCAAGUACGCAAUACCAUUGCAUGUCAGCUAUCAAGUGUGUCCAAGAUCUCAUUGCACACCAACUGUCAAAUACUAUUAGAUAGCGACAAAACAAGUAUUUCAAUAAAGUACUAUUUUGUGUCAAAUAUAGUAUUAAAUAUUCAGGGAAUAUUGAGCAAAUGUCUGAAUAUGCAGACAUAUGUCUUGUGAAUGUCAGACAUCCAGAUUUAGAGAGGACAUUUUUCAGAAUCCCCCCACCCCCAGCUCAGUACAGUAUCAAUUGUUACAUAAUUACAAGCUGUUCAUAUGUACUGAAUUUAGCUAAUACCUACCUGCCGAUUUUGCUUGCACUGGACUGUAGACAUGCUAGAGAUUGCUCUAUUUUGAACAUUUUUUGCACUUGGGGAAAGAGAAGUGCUGUGGCAGUGAAACUAUAUGCAUUUAUGACAUUGAAAUGACACCUGAAUGUAAAAAAAGAAAAAAGAAAAAGUUAUUGUGGACUUCAGUGAAAUAUAUAUUUAAAAUUUAAGGUUUCAAAAAUGGUGGUGGUGGUGGGGGAAUCUGAAUAUCCAGCCAGACCCAGUGGAAUAAUACGCUCAUCUGAUGUACUUAUAAUAAAUGAACUAAUAAUUAGACCAUAUUUUUCUCUGCCAAAUUAAUUAAAGUAAUUAAUUUACUUUAAAGGACAACUGGAAAGAAAAUAAUUGGUUUAUAGUAAUAUAGAAGUUUUCUUUACUGGGUUCUCUAAAUUAUUGUGUUGGCUUUUAAAUUCAGAACACAAAGUGUACUACAUUUAUAGCUAUUUUUCAUAGCUGGGCCAAUUUCUGUAGCCUACCUGUACCUUUCCAUUGAUUCUUGAAGCCAUUGCAAUUGCUUCAUUAAAGAGCAACGUAUUCUUUGCUGGA